AUGGCUUCAAACUUCCCAAGCAUACCAAGGGUGACGGGAGAUACCGAUGACGAUAUAUCUAUCCAUUUAUAUAACAAAGUUGGGCCUUCGAGGCCCCUACCUCACAGGAAUUUCGAUGAGGACAUAUUAGACAUACUUCAAGAAGAUGAAGAUGACCUAGAUGCCAAUAGCGCCAUAGAUUUCAACAAAAAAUACCAAUUAUACCAAUCCACGGGUCAAUUGGCUGAUGAUGAAGAAUAUCCUUCUGAUGAGUACGAUGUAGACACUGAAGUUGAGGACGAUAGAGACGAAAAUGCUGCAUUCAAAGAGUCCAUCAAUAAGCUGAGACCUAAAGAAAAGCCACCCGUCCCAAGCAUAUUUGAGGAGUUCAGCAAUGUAAAGAAAUCUGCAAAUAACGCCUUCAAAGCAAAGUCAAUGGCUAAUUUCUUUACUAAUGGCUUUACUAAUGGCAUUAAUAAUAGAAUAGUCCUCUUUCUGUUGUGGUUUGUGCUCCUUUUGGCUUUUGUAGGGUUCCUCUUCAGUUCAAGAUCCAGAGAUAGCUUGCCAAUACAAUUACCGGUGAAUUCAGAAAGUUUCACUUCCACUUUUAAAUCCAUAACAUCGAAACUAUCGUACCUAGAACUGGCCACAGAUAAGCUCUCUGAGAAGCAGGCAGCCUUGGAGUCAAAUCAGAAUUUGAUGGCGUCAAACUUAAAUAAGAAAUUCGAAGUCAUAUCAUCCAAAUUCCAGGAAAUCGAAAGCACUUUAGUUGACCUGAGGUCCUUUAAGAACCUUUAUAAAGAAUUUGAUGAUAUGAAAACAUCUGUCUCAUCCAUUAUAGAGAAUUCUGAUCCUAAUCAGCUUGAAACAAAAUUGAAUUUUGUAUCCAAAAAGCUUAAUGAAUUGUCUGACAUAAGCUCUAGUAUGGAAUCAAUAAAGAGCGAGAUAUUGACAAAGUUGUUGGAUCAAUUGCCUGAAAGAAUUCCAAUAUAUAUUAAAGAUAAAAAGGUUCAUUUUAUACCAGAAUUCCAGAAAUUCUUGUAUUCAUUUAUUGAAAAGUAUAACCAAGAAAAUCCAGUAUUGGAUGAUGAAACGAAGAAGAAGUUGCAGUUGGGAUCGGCUGGUGGUAAUGGCAAUAUCAAUAAGGGGAAGUUGGAAACGUAUUUAAAGAACAAAUUUGAUGAGAACAAUAAAGAGAUUUGGGCGAAGCUUACCAACCUCAUUGACGAUCUUACUAUAGUCAACAAUUCCACUGAUACCAAAUUGUUCGAAAAGAAUGCUAACCAUCUUUUGCUAGACAACCUUUUGGAUAUAUUUUCCAAGGGUUCCGUAAAAAUCAAUUAUGCUGACUACAACCUAGGAGCGAGAAUUCUAGGAUUCCUCACUAGUUUGGGCGGGAGCGAGAGCAGCUCUAAACCAUUGGCCAGGAGAGUAUUCCUUGGCUGGUAUGAUUAUUUGAAGAGUCCCAAUAAUUGGAAUUAUAAUGCCAACAAUGUCCUUGUAGAUGGUGGAAAGAUCUGGGAAUGUCUUUCCAAUCAAUGCUCAAUUGGUAUUAGGCUAUUCAAUCCAGUAAUUCUCACAGAUAUAAUUGUGAAGAGUGGUACAUUUGACCCUAGCGAAUUUUCUGCGCCUGUGGGAGUUUCGCUCUACAUUAAGCCCAAGUACCAGGACAAAGUGGGAGAAGUUUUAAAAGUAAUAUCAACAUUUAAUGAUGACUCCGAAGUUGAAGAUACCAACAAAUACCUUAAGAAGUUUGUCAAGGUAAAGUCUUUUAAAUUGAACCCUGCAAAAUCCAUAAAUCAUUUGAAGCUUCCAGUCAAUUUGAUCAACCUAAAGGUUCCAGUCAGAGACAUAUAUUUGAAGUUGACUUGUGCGCCAGGCAAGAAUUGUGCCAUAUUCAAUACCAAGGUGUAUGGGAUCACUGAAUACAAUACCUACAAAUUUUCGAAUGACGUCGAUUUGAUGGUCGAGAAAUUGAAACUACAAGAAAACGUAGAAGAAGAAGAAGAAGAAGAAGAAGAAAAUUCAGAUGAAUAUAUUUACGAGAGAGAGUUUGAAAGCAAUGCAGAAAUUCUAGGAGACGACGAGCUAUUAUGGUAA